CGCAUGAACUCUGAGAGAGAGAGAGACUUCAUUCACGCUAAGGCACUCACUCCUUCUUUUUUAGAACGUGGUGUCCAUUCAAGCACUUUGACAGUAGACUUUUAUUUAGCGUAAACACUCUCCCAACCCACAUGGAUGACAUGCAUCAUACAGAUAAAGUAUCAUUGUCCAUGGAUAACCUCAAACCGAAAAAGAAUUAGCUCAAAGAAUCUUAUCUUGUCCUCUUCCUCCAUCACCACCUUUUCCCCUUACCCCCCCUCUCUCACAAAAAUGCAACAAAGUGAUCAAUUCGACACCGUCAAAGGUGAUGACGUUGAAGCAAGAGCGGGCUCAAACGAAAAGCAACAUCAAUCUGAUGGCUUAGACACAACAGAUGGCUUAGAUGCAACAGCGACUAACAAUAGCGAAAGACAAUCAAAAGAUGCAACCGAACAAAAAGAUACCACACCUCCUGCUCCCAAUCCACUCAUGUCACCAAGCGCAUUCCCGGAAGGUGGAAAAGAUGCUUGGCUUUGCGUUUUAGGUGGCUGCUUAGCCUUUACAGCUGGUGUUGGAUUCAUUAAUUCUUUCUCUGUUUUCCAAGCAUAUUAUCGUUCAAAAACAUUACCCGGUCAUAGCGAUGAUGAUAUCGCGUGGAUCGGUAGUAUUCAACUUUGGGGCGCUUUCUUCUUUGGUUUACCGGCCGGUAAGAUGAGCGAUAAGUUCGGUCCAAAGAUACCUCUCGCCAUAGGUACAUUUUUCAUCGUCUUUGGUACAAUGAUGGCUUCCAUCUCAAAAUCCUAUUAUCAAUUCAUCCUAUCGCAGGGACUAUGCUCUUGCAUUGGUUACGGUCUCUGCUUCACGCCCGCCCUUUCUGUACCAUCGACUUGGUUCUUGAAAAAGAGAGGUUUGGCAAUCGGUCUCGUAGUCUCAGGAACGAGUGUUGGUGGUGUUAUUUGGCCUAUUGCAAUCAACCGAAUGUUAAACUUUGAUGGCGUCUCACUCGGUUGGACUUUACGUAUGGUCGGUUUCCUUCAAUUAGCUCUCAUGGUGGCUGCUACGUUCUUAAUUAAAUCUCGCCUACCUAGAAACUUGCUCAAAGAUCCUCCACCAAUUACCAAAUUCCUCACAGACAGAACUACUAUGAUCUUCGUCUCUGGGGGUAUUGUGAUGUUCUUUGGUCUCUACGUUCCUUAUUUCUACAUUACACCUUAUGGAAUCCGUUGGGGCGCAUCACCUGGUGCAGCUUUCUACUAUCCAGCAAUCAUGAACGGAGUUUCAUUCUUUGGUCGUUUCAUUAUUGGUAUCCUAGCAGACCGCAAAUUGGGCUUUUUUAACAGUUUGGCAAUUUUUGAUCUUUGUACUGCAAUCAUUGCAUUUGCUUGGAUCGCAGCAAGAGGAAAUGCAGGAAAUAUCGUUUUCAGUUGCUUUUACGGAUUCUUUUCUGGAAGUUUACAAUCCCUUCUUUC